UGGUGGCCGCGCGGCAUUGCAUGAGCGAGGCCGCCGCGCGCUCCUCCGGCAUGCCCCCCACUGCCGAAGAAGCGCGCACCGACACAGGCGCAGAGGGUGUGGAUGAGACAGUAGAGCUGCUGGAGAGGCGGAGUCGGGAAGUGGGUGGGAACCCUGCAGACAGGGCAACAAUGCUGGACCCCGAUUACAUGGCCAUGGUCCUGGCAAUGGACACGCUGUGGGCGGCCGGUGAGUCUGCGGUCACAGGGCUGUCACAAGGAGAGGACUGCUCUGCUCCAGAAUUCUCUUCUUGAGCGCGCCGUAGGACUUAUUAUAUUGUAAUUGUGUGCCAUCAGAAUCUGCUGCCUUUUCAAGUGUGAAGCACCAGAAUCCACUGCUCUAUCAGACGUGAAGAAAUGAUAGGACAUUCUCUGGGAGCUUUUCUUUGACUCACUUGCGCAUAGGGAAGGUCAAUAUCAUGUGGUGCUUCUGUUUUUGCCGUCCCUCAAGGGACGGCAUAUCCUGAUGAAAUGUCCUGGAGUCUACAACGGCAAUUGGGCCUUAAAGCAAGGCGGGACCGUAGGCCAGAUGUGUAUCUUGGUCAGCUGUGCUAUCUUCGUUCAGGUCAUGCUUGUCAGCUGAAAUAGUGAUCGAGUGUAUCGCGAUAUGUAUCAUGGCUUUUGCUGAUGUAGGAGAUUUGCGAUUUUCGGUUGAAAGGCUUUCAAGCCAAACUGCUCUGCAUCAAACCCUGCUUGUAAUUACAAUAGAG